AUGGCCCUCAAGGCCCCAUUGAGGUCAUCAACAGGAAGUGUUAUAUCCGCAUUCUCGCCAUACACAGAGAUGGCCAUGUCAUCCCCCGACUCGCCGGCUCUUCAUCAACAGUUCCGCCCAAAUUCAGCCGCUGAUUUACAUAGGUCGGCCAACUCGUUCGAGUCCAACACCCUUCGGCCCUCCUCCGCCGCCGCUGCUCGAUCAUCGUCUAUGAAUAACCACUUGAUGAGUCCUAGUGACACUGUUGGGCCCUCGCCCGUCACGUCGGUGGGCACCGAAGUGACUGAAAUCGAAGAUGAGGCCUCGGAUGAUGCUCGGCUGCAGCAACAAAGUGGAGGGCAAGAGCCCCAGUUACUGAUGCUCCGCACGAACAUACCGGACCAAGUACGACAUUCUGCUAGUGAGGAGGCGGUUUCUGUGAUACAUGCUCCUGAGAGCUUUCAAAGCUGGGCUUCAUCCGACUCAACGAUUCAGCCAGCUGAGUCAAAUCCCCUGAUGUCGUCGCCAAGGACUUCACCUAAACCAGACGAGAUUAAGGUCCCCGCUCACGGCGAACACGCUUUGAAGCAAAGGUCACCUGGCUUGCCAACACCACCACCUAUAUCUACCGAUGUCAAGCCGGCGAGGUUUAGCAUGGCAGACGCUACUCCUCGAGCGCAAAAUUUGCAGGAGGUGAUUAGCGAAUCCGCUAGGUUACGCUCCAGCAGCGCUAGUAGUCUCGAGCUAAUACCGGAAUCGAGAGAGCCCGAAACAGAUGUUGAACAGACGGAAGCCGAUGACGAAGAUGAUUACGUCACACCGAUCCGUGAAGAGGACAUAGAGAUCAGGUCCCUCAAGACAGCUCUUGCUGAAUGUUGGACAUUGUGCAACACGCUGGCAAACCUAAGCACACAUCAUCGAGAACGGGUAUUCAACAGCUCCGGUACCCCUGAUGGGCACGAAAAAGCCUGGAAGUGCUGCUGGAAAUUGUGCCAACAGCUCUACGAUAACCGAGAUGAGGAUGAUGAAUCUUACAAUGUUAGGAUGAACCUCGACCUUUGCCGCGAUUUCUGCCAGUCCUUGUUCGACGUGAGGCAGAGGCAAGACGAAAUUGCAGAUUCGGUGCUGCGAGUUAGUUUUGAGCUAAACAAUCACUUGUACAGCGCUCAAGAUAAUCGAAACCUUCCCGAGGCUUUCCGGGAGAGGACGUUGGACUUUUAUAUCACGUUAUGCCACCGACUUAUGAAACAACGCGGUGAACUCGGCGAGGAGACCGAUUCCCUCCUCCGGGCAUGUUGGUUUUUGGCGGAGAUGCUCUUUAGUCUGAGGCAAAAUAUGCGGAACGGAAAAGCUCCAGACGAGGAGUUGCUAGGAUCGGCCGUACAAGCAUGUUGGGAACUUUGUGACAUCUUCAGGGAGGGAUGGACCCAGGUUCGACCAGACAGAAACACUCCAAGGCCCACCCAAACAAGCUUCUUCGCACAACAGCACUUUGACUCGGACGGUAGAGCUAGCCGGUCAUCGAACCGUUCAAAGCGCGAGAGUCUCAAGAGUGUCCCAAAGGAGAAACGAGCACCGCCUCCAGUACCCGAGACUCCAGUGACCGAGUUUGAGGACACGCCCAUUUCGCCUGAGAGUCAAUCACCGCAAGUGCCAAACAUCUUGGUGUUGGGCACCGAAAGUAACAGGGGCGGUCGAUGGUCAAGCAGCGCAUCCCAGAUGUCGACCUACUCUCAGAGCAGUCAGCGAACAUCCAGUACUGCUACCACGGCAACCUCGGCAGAAGACCCUAACAUUACACGAAUAAAAACACUUAUUCUCAAGGCAGCGAUGAAUGUCGGGUUCGCACGAAACGAUCCAACCGCAAGCGGAGGUGGAGGCGGAGGAGGCUCAGGGCAUAGUGGCGCCGCAUCGCUGCAAGCAUUCGUGAGGUCAUUGCCACCAGGGUCGUUCGGAUCUUUACCGUCGCACGCCACUAUGCUCCAAAGCUACAAGAACCUCGUGUUGGCCGAUUCUUCCUUCCGGCAGGCCUCAUCGCUACCAACGCGAGGGAAGCGUGUGUCAGCCAGCGAGAUGUCCAAGAGCGUGAGCUGGAUGAUACACCGGUCUGGGCAGUACCACUUCCUACGUGAUCUGUUCAAGCUCGUAUUCGGUUUCCACAUGGAAGAAGCCGAUACGAGGAAGAACGUCAGCAUUGCUGUUUGA